UCUGGGUUCCAAAAAGAGCAGUGCCUCCCGGAAGGAAUCCUAUCUGCACAUUUCUUCUUAGAGUCAUCCCUCAUCCCGGUGGGGCUUGGAACUUUCCAUCUAUUCUUUUUCUUUCUCAGAUCUCUCUGAGCCUUUGCCUGGCUGUGCCGGUCACAGUGAGAAAUCAGUUACCCGCCGGCCUCCAGAGCUCUUGGGCUCUGUGAAAUUUGCCAUAAGGGUGUCAGGUAUUUCUUAUUGCUGUCCAAAAAAAAAAAAAGUGAGAUAAAGAACUCUCUCCUGGAGCAUUUCAGGUGGCACUCAGUGCCUCUCAGAGGUGGAGAAGGAGCUGGAAGGCAGCAUUAAAACAGCUAAAUAAAAGAUGCCCCGGGGCCGAAGGCCGACCUGGCUGGAAGCUCUGGGGGUCGGACGCACUGACUCCGCCUGCUCCACACGCUAGCAGCUGAAGUCACUGUCUGUUGACCUUAGAACCACCGAGACCAUGCUGCUGCCGCUCACCUUCCUGCCUGUGAUUUUAAAGAUUAGUGUUGUCAGCGUCACCGCGCAGCAGCAUGGGAACUGUCAGCCAGGUCUCCCCGAGAGAAGCUUGACUUCCACUUGCGUAGGUCCUGCACCCUUCCUAAUUUUCUCACAUGGAAACAGUAUCUUCCGGAUUGACCCAGAAGGAACAAAUCACCAGCAAUUGGUGGUGGAUGCUGGCACCUCGGUGAUCAUGGAUUUCCAUUACAAGGAGGAGAGACUCUAUUGGGUGGAUUUAGAAAGACAACUUUUGCAAAGAGUUUUUCUUAAUGGGUCAAGACAAGAGACAGUGUGCCAUGUAGAGAAGAAUGUGUCCGGGAUGGCCAUAAAUUGGGUAGAUGAAGAGGUUCUCUGGGUAGAUCAACAGAAAGGAAUCAUCUCCGUGACAGAUAUGAAAGGCAACCGUUCCCACGUUCUUCUAAGUUCCUUAAAACAGCCAGCAAAUGUAGCAGUGGAUCCAAUGGAGAGGUUGAUGUUUUGGUCCUCAGAGGUGGCGGGCAGCCUUCACAGAGCAGGUCUCAGUGGGGUGGACGUGAGAACGCUUCUGGAGACAGCGGAGAGGCUAACGGCGUUGACUCUGGAUGUGCUUGGCAAGCGGCUCUUCUGGGUCCAGGACAGCGCAGAAGGAAGACAUGCUUGCAUUCGUUCCUGUGAUUAUGACGGGGGCUCUGUCCAGCUUCUCAAACAUCAAACACAGCACAGUUUGUUUACAAUGGCCCUUUUCGGUGACCGUAUCUUCUAUUCAACAUUGAAAAAGAAGGCGAUUUGGAUAGCCAACAAACGCACCGGGAAGGACAUGGUUAGAAUUAACCUCAACCCAUCCUCUGUGCCCCCUGGAGAACUGAAAAUAGUGCACCCCCGUGUACAGCCCAGGGCAGAGGACGGUGCUCAGGGCUCCGGCCCCGAGGUACUCGGAACUUGCAAACAGAGGCAAGGACAGUGCCGCUACAGUCGGUGUGAGCGAGACCCCAAGUCCCACUCGUGCGCAUGCGCUGAGGGCUAUACUUUAAGCCGAGACCGGAAGUACUGCAAAGAUAUCAAUGAGUGUGGACUUCAGAACCAUGGCUGUACUCUUGGGUGUGAAAACACCCCGGGAUCCUAUUACUGCACAUGCCCCGCAGGGUUUGUUCUGCUUCCUGAUGGGAAACGGUGCCACGAACUUACUUCCUGUCCAAGCAACGUGUCUGAAUGCAGCCAUAGCUGUGUUCUGACAUCAGAUGGUCCACAGUGUAUCUGUCCCGAAGGUUCAGUGCUCCAGACAGAUGGGAAAACAUGCAGUGGUUGUUCAUCGCCUGAUAAUGGUGGAUGCAGCCAGAUCUGUCUUCCUCUCAGCCCAGUGUCCUGGGAAUGUGGUUGCUUUCCUGGAUAUGACCUACGAUCGGACCAGAAGAGCUGUGCAGCUUCAGGACCACAGCCAUUUUUACUGUUUGCAAAUUCUCAAGACAUCCGGCACAUGCACUUCGACGGGACAGACUACAGAGCUCUGCUCAGUCGGCAGACGGGGACCGUUCUCGCCCUAGAUUAUGAUCCGGUGGAAAACAAGAUAUAUUUUGCACACACAGCCCUGAAGUGGAUUGAGAGAGCUAACAUGGAUGGCUCCCAGCGAGAAAGACUUAUCAAGGAAGGAGUGGACACACCAGAAGGUCUUGCUGUGGACUGGAUUGGCCGGAGACUCUACUGGACAGACAGUGGGAAGUCUCUCAUUGGAGGGAGUGAUCUGAGUGGGAAGCAUCGUCAAAUAAUCAUCAAGGAGAACAUCUGGAAGCCACGAGGAAUAGCUGUGCAUCCAAAAGCCAAGAGACUAUUCUGGACGGAUGCAGGGAUGUAUCCACGGAUUGAAAGCUCUUCCCUUCAGGGUUCUGGCCGGCUGCUGAUAGCCAGCUCUGAUCUGUUGGAGCCCAGCGGAAUCACGAUUGACUAUUUAACGGACACUUUGUAUUGGUGUGACACCAAGCAGUCUGUGAUUGAAAUGGCCAAUCUGGAUGGUUCUAAACGCCGAAGACUUGCCCAGAACGAUGUAGGUCACCCAUUUGCUGUAGCCGUGUUUGAGGAUCACGUGUGGUUCUCGGAUUGGGCUAUCCCAUCGGUAAUAAGGGUGAACAAGAGGACUGGCCAAAACAGGGUACGUCUCCAAGGCAGCAUGCUGAAGCCCUCGUCACUGGUUGUGGUCCACCCAUUGGCAAAACCAGGUGCAGAUCCCUGCUUACACAAGAACGGUGGCUGUGAACACAUUUGCCAAGAGAGCUUGGGGACUGCUCACUGCUUGUGUCGAGAAGGUUUUCUGAAAGCCCAGGAUGGGAAAAUGUGCCGUGCUCAGAAGGGUGACCGCCCUGAGCUAGGUAAAGAGGCCACCUUGUCGGGCAGCUCAGCUAAGGCUGAAGCACCAGAUGGUAACAGCACAGAAUCCCCACACACCUUAGUGGCUGAAAUCACGGUGUCAGGUGUGAACGAUCAAGACGACUGCGGCCCUGAAGCAUGUGGCAGGCAUGCUCGCUGUGUUUCAGAGGGAGAGACUGCUCUGUGUCAGUGUUUGGAAGGAUUUGCUGGGCAUGGAAACCUGUGUGCUGAUAUAGACGAAUGUGAGCUGGGCAUCUCGAGCUGCCCCACCGCCUCAUCCGAGUGCAUCAACACCGAAGGCGGUUAUGUCUGCCGGUGCUCCGGAGGCUACGAAGGAGAUGGGACCAGCUGUCUUGACAUCGAUGAGUGCCAGCAGGGGGCGCACAGCUGUGGCCAGAACGCCAGCUGCACCAACACAGAGGGAGGCUACAAUUGCACCUGCGAGGGCCGCCCAUCUGCACCUGGACUGGCUUGCCCUGGCUCUACCUCACCCCCUAUCCCUGGGGAAGAUGGCCGCCAUAUGGUCAGAAAUAGUAACCCAGGAUGCCCCCCGUCACAUGACGGAUACUGCCUGCAUGACGGUGUGUGCAUGUAUGUAGAAGCAGUGGACAGCUACGUGUGCAACUGUGUCGUUGGCUAUGUUGGGGAGCGAUGUCAGCACCGGGACCUGAGAUGGUGGGAACUGCGCCAUGCUGGCCACGGGCAGGAGCGCGACAUUGCUGUGGUGACGGUCUGCGUGAUUGCGCUAGUCCUGCUGCUCCUCUUGGGGAUCUGGGGGACUCACCACUACAGGACUCGGAAGCAGCUGUCGCACACCCCAAAGAACCCUUAUGAAGAAGAGUCAAGCAGAAAUAUGAGUGGUGAUGGGCCUGACCCCAGCAGGGCUGGGACGUCAUCCUGCCCCCAACCUUGGUUUGUGGUCCUAGAGGAACACCAAGACCCCAAGAACGGGAGUCUCUCUGUCGCUGGCACAAAUGGCCCCGCAGUGGAUACUGGCCUGUCUUCCAACCUGCAGCCUGGGUCAGAGCAUCUGACUUCAUGGAGACAGAAGCCCCACAUAUAUGGACCAGGCACAGGGCAAAGCUGCUGGAUCCCACCACCAAGUGACAAAGUUCCCCAGGAAAUGGAGGGAAACGCCCAUUUACCCUCCUACAAGGAAUGGCCUCUCACUAUGGGAGUUGAGAAGCUUCAUUCUCUCCAGUCAGCUAAUGGACUGUGUCAACAAAGGGCCCCAGGUCUACCACACCAGACAGAGCCAAUUCAGUGAGAACUGGAAGUAGACAGAUGGUAAAAGAACUAACCAGGCCGAUAGAUGGGAUGUUUUCUUCAUAAAGUAGAGUGCUACCUGUAGAUUUGAUACUCCGAUCUCUAUGGCUAAUCACCACUCAGCAUCCUGAACAGAGCUCCAUAGCUGCCAUUUUUGCUUCUUCCUUCAAGCAGUCCCACUGACGACUUCCAAAAGGAGAGUCAAGAAACCAUUAGAAACCAAAGUCAAGACUGUCACACGUCAUAAACUGUGUCUUCUUCAAUAGAUUUUUUUUUGUUCCUCUCCUUGUUCCUUAGAAGAAAUGGGUUAAAGCAGGUGAUCACGUUUUGUUGAUUGCAAAGUAAUUUGUAUGAUCUACACAAAAGCCUUAGCCCAAUCUCAUAAAAUGGUUGGAACAUUAUAACUGUUGCUGAGAUACACUAUAUGAAUUUAAUUCACCAUUGGGGUGGCCCAUGCUCAUAAUUUUGCCUUCUGGAUUGUGAUAAUAAUUAGUGAAAAUAAUUAUAACUAAGAAUCUGAUUUAUUCAGAAUUAAUCAUUUAUUUUUUUAUACUUUAAAAUCUGUGAAUGAAAAUAUUUAAUUUUAAAAACAUUUCCUAAGAGGCAUUGGUGUUUCUUAAUCAUUAGUGUCUUUUCCUUUUGUCAAAUGGAAAUUUACCCAGUGAAAAUGGUAAAUUCUAGUGUUUGCAUAGGAUUUUUUUACUUGUUUUAAGAUAUGAGAUUGUAAACAAAUUGCUUGAUUUGGUUUCAUCGAUUUCUUCCAAUUAAAUAAAAUCACCCUAAAAAUCA